AUGUCUUCGUUUGCAAUGCGGAGGUGUACAGCUGGUCCUUCGCUCUCGAAGGCAUUGAAGAGCCAGACAAGAACCUUCUCUUCUACAAGAUCCGCAGCCAGGAUAAUAACAAAUGCGCCCCUCCGAGCCAAGGAAGCUUCGCCCUUCGCUAGCCACAAAUACCCAGUCGUUGAUCACGAAUAUGAUGCGAUUGUUGUGGGAGCCGGUGGUGCCGGUCUGCGAGCAGCUUUCGGUCUUGCCGAGGCUGGUUUCAACGUCGCGUGUAUAUCGAAACUAUUUCCAACUCGAAGUCAUACGGUAGCUGCACAAGGAGGUAUCAAUGCUGCGCUGGGUAACAUGCACGAGGACGACUGGAGAUGGCAUAUGUACGAUACCGUCAAGGGUUCGGAUUGGCUAGGAGAUCAGGAUGCAAUUCAUUAUAUGACAAGAGAGGCCCCAAAAUCUGUUAUUGAGUUGGAGAACUACGGCUGCCCUUUCUCAAGAACCGACGAUGGCAAGAUCUAUCAACGUGCUUUCGGUGGUCAAUCGCAAAAGUUUGGAAAGGGUGGACAAGCAUACAGAUGCUGCGCUGCUGCGGAUAGAACCGGACAUGCUCUCCUACAUACUCUCUAUGGCCAAUCUCUCCGACACAACACAAAUUACUUUAUCGAAUAUUUUGCUCUCGAUCUGAUUAUGGAGGAUGGCGAGUGCAAGGGUGUUAUCGCGUAUAACCAGGAAGACGGCACUCUGCACCGAUUCCGUGCACACAACACUGUUUUGGCUACUGGUGGUUACGGACGUGCGUACUUCAGUUGUACCUCAGCGCAUACUUGCACGGGUGAUGGAAUGGCUAUGGUUGCUCGCGCCGGUCUACCUAACCAAGAUCUCGAAUUUGUCCAAUUUCACCCAACUGGUAUCUAUGGAGCUGGAUGUUUGAUUACUGAAGGUGCUCGUGGUGAAGGUGGAUACUUGUUGAACUCUGAGGGAGAGCGGUUUAUGGAACGUUACGCGCCAACCGCCAAGGAUCUUGCCAGUCGUGAUGUCGUUUCUCGAUCAAUGACAAUGGAGAUCCGUGAGGGGCGUGGUGUUGGUCCUGAUAAGGACCAUCUUUACCUCCAGCUCAGCCAUUUGCCAGCUGAGGUUCUCCACGAGCGUCUUCCAGGUAUCUCCGAGACUGCUUCUAUCUUCUCUGGUGUCGAUGUCCGGAAGCAACCUAUUCCAGUUCUACCAACAGUUCACUACAAUAUGGGUGGUAUCCCAACCAAGUACACUGGUGAGGUUCUCACUGUUGAUGGUGAAGGUAAGGACCAGGUCGUACCUGGUCUUUUCGCGUGCGGUGAAGCUGCUUGCGUGUCAGUUCACGGCGCCAACCGUUUGGGAGCCAAUUCUCUCCUCGAUCUGAUCGUUUUUGGUCGCGCCGUAUCCCACACCGUCCGGGAUAACUUUGAGCCAGGCAUGCCCCACAAGGAAAUCAGCGCCGACGCCGGUGCUGAAUCCAUCAAGGUCCUAGACCAAAUCCGAACGUCCGAUGGCCCAAAGAGCACACACGAAGUCCGUCUAGCAAUGCAAAAGACCAUGCAGACAGACGUAAGUGUGUUCCGUAUGCAAGAGAGUUUGGAAGAGGGUGUCAAGAAGAUCAACGAGGUCGACCAGACCUUUAAGGAUGUCGGAAUCAAGGACCGAAGCAUGAUCUGGAACUCGGAUUUGGUCGAGACUUUAGAAUUAAGAAACUUGUUAACUUGCGCCGUCCAAACCGCCGAAUCCGCAGUCGCGAGAAAGGAAUCCCGCGGUGCACACGCCCGAGAAGAUUACCCCGAAAGAGACGACAAGGAGUGGAUGAAGCACACCUUGAGUUUCCAGAAGAAGCCCCAUGGCAAGACGGACCUAACAUACCGAGCCGUCGUAGCCAACACGCUGGAUGAGAAUGAGUGCAAGGCCGUGCCACCUUUCAAGCGUGUUUACUAG